AUGGCGGAACUCAAUCAAACUUCUGAUGUUGCCACCACCAACACUUGCCUGAAACCGAUUCCAGGGAAGGAGAGUCGAGGUUCUCCGGCGUACCGUGGAGUUCGAAUGCGAAGUUGGGGCAAAUGGGUGUCGGAAAUACGACAACCACGUAAGAAAUCCCGUAUCUGGCUUGGCACUUUUUCAACGCCGGAGAUGGCCGCAAGAGCUCACGACGUCGCCGCCUUGUCCAUCAAAGGGAACUCCGCCAUUCUCAACUUUCCUCAACUCAAAGACUUGUUGCCACGUCCGGCGUCUGUCUCGCCACGUGACGUCCAAGCCGCCGCCGCCAAGGCAGCCACCAUGCAAGAAUUGUGUUCGGUGUCGUACUCCUCCACCGUGCAACCGCCGUUGUCCGAUCGCUAUAUAUUACCUGCCGAUGAACAUGCUUCCGGCAGCCCGGAUGAUGAAUUGGAUGAAUUCAUUGAGUUGCCGAGUUUAGAGGGGUGUUUGGAUUCCCCGGGAUCGUUGACUAAAUUGAUGGUGGUGGACUCGGUGGAUGGAUGGAUGAAUCCGUCGUGGGAAGUGGCUAGCACCGACUGUUUUGCUGCUAAUUUCUCCGACCAGGUGGCAAAAAAUCCGAGUUUCUCGACGCUCAUAUGGGACUGUUGA